UGCAACUUCCCAGCACCAUUUGAUAAAAACACAACAAAUCUUUGUUUGUGCAAGUGAAAAAUGAGAAUGGGAAAUUACAGAAAGAUCCUUUUGAUCUUAUUGUUUGUGGUGGUUUCUGUUAGUGCUUAUGAAGUUGAUAGAAGAGGGGUAGAAGUGGAAGAAGAAGGAUGGUUUUUGUUGCAUGAUUCAAAGGAAAUAGUGAGGACUGAUGCUGGAGUUAUGAGAGUUGUGAGGGGUGGAUUUGGUGGUGGUGUUUCUAUGUUUCAAAGUCCAAUGCAUAUUGGUUUUAUUACUAUGGAACCUAAUAGUCUUUUCAUUCCUCAGUAUCUUGAUUCUCAUCUUACACUCUUCGUUCGUAGAGGGGAAACAAGAAUUGGGCACAUCUACAAAGAUGACUUUGCAGAAAAGCAACUAAAGGAAGGAGAUGUGUACAGUAUUCGUGCUGGUUCGGCUUUUUAUCUUGUUAAUCCAGCUGAAGGACAAAGACUUCAUAUCAUUUGCAGUAUUAGCACUUCAAGCAGUUUAGGAUUGCAUGGUUUUCAGUCUUUCUUCAUUGGUGGUGGAGUCUAUCCAACAUCUAUUCUUGGUGGAUUUGACACUCUGACAUUAUCAACAGCAUUCAAUGUAUCAUCAGAUGAAGUGAGUGAGAUCUUGACAAGGCAAUUUUCAGGUGCAAUUGUACCACUGAACACUACUACUCAUUCUCCUACUCCAAGCAUAUGGGCCAAAUUCUUGAAUCUUGAACAACAUCAAAAACUUGGUCACCUAAAGAGAAUUGUGCAUUUGGAGGAAGAAGCUAGACUAGAAGAAGACGAGGAAAAAGAGAAACCUAUAUGGUCUUUGAGGAAGUUCUUGAAUAAUGUUUUUGGUGAUGAAGGGAACAGGAGAGAGAAGCGACGAAGAGGCACAAGCAAAGGUCCAGAUUCCUUCAACCUGUUUGAUAGAAAGCCGGAUUACAAGAAUGACUAUGGAUGGAGCUUGGCAUUGGAUCAAUCUGAGUAUUCUCCAUUGAAACACUCUGACAUUGGCGUCUACCUCGUCAAUCUUUCAGCGGGAGCUAUGAUGGCACCUCACAUAAAUCCAACAGCAACAGAGUACGGAGUAGUAUUGAGAGGAAGUGGAAGCAUCCAAAUCGUCUAUCCAAACGGGACAUUAGCAAUGAACGCUAGAGUAAACGAAGGAGACGUAUUCUGGGUGCCAAGGUACUUCCCUUUCUGUCAAAUUGCAUCAAGAACCGGACCCUUCGAGUUCUUCGGAUUCACAACAACAGCAAGAAAGAACCGGCCACAGUUCCUGGUGGGUCAGAAUUCGAUACUGCAAAGCAUGCGAGGGCCCGAAUUCGCAGCUGCAUUUGGAGUUAGUGAAGAAAGGCUUAGGAGAAUUUUGGAUGCUCAACGUGAAGCGGUUAUUUUGCCGUCUGCAUCGGUGGCCCCCACCGAGCCGAUGGAUCCGAAGGAGAGGGAGGAAGAGGAAGAGGGAGAAAGAGGGAAAGAGGAAGUUGUGAUGAAGAUACCAAAAGUGAUUGAGAGCUUUGGCAAUGACAUGAUCAUGGGAUUUCCUUAGAACAAAAAUUGUGCAAAUAGCUUCUUAUUUGCAAAUGUAGAUUCAUUUUGGAGCUUUUUGUUUGUCUUUUCAUCUUAUGUUCUUUACUACCUUGCCGUGUGAGAUUUGUCUUUGUUUUUGUGAAUAAGAACAUCUCAGUUAGUUUUC